AUGUCUUCCGGCGUCAACAACAGUCUGUCGGCAGGCUCAGGCCAUGACCCGACCGUGACACAAGUUGACUACCCCAGAUAUUCCGCCACCCUCUACUCUGAGGAUUUUUCUCGACUAGUCGGCGAUGGUCUGAACGACUGUAGCAUACAAGAGCGAAAGCACUUCCUGGAGUGCGAGAGACAACGUGUCAAUUUUUUUCUAGGCCUUGUCUGCAAAGCGCACAAGGACAACUGCGCAAAUAUCAAAAACAAGUAUCAGUCAACCCAGGACAAGAACCCGACACCCGAUGUCAAAGACAGCGUUCGAGGGAGCGAGCGCCUGGGAAUCAUUACGGCAGAUCUGAUAGCUUCAUUUCGCUUCACACAGAAGCUUGAGCUGUUGAUGAAAGUUGACGGAGACAUUGAUACGACGCAAAAGACCAAGAAAUGUGCCACAGGCACCACAGAACUCAAAGCCUUGCCUGCCGAUAGCAAGCAAUUUGGAACUGCAACCUCACGACAAAUGCCAGUCCCUGAACGUCUGGUGAACAUGGAGAUGUUUCACAUUGUCACCAACAUGCGUCAAGAACAACAUAACCAGGCUUGUAGUAGCCCUGUCGAAGACAAUGGCAGGGCAUGUCCACCCAUGUCGCCAUUCGGGCCAUGUGCUGGCAACAGCAGUAUAGUGAAUGGCGUAUCGAGAGUUACACAAAGCUGUGCAGAUGGCUACAUGGAGGCAGAACCUGACAAGCCUAUGCAGUCCCCUAAGGCUGUUCCCACAGCAGGUGCCAUUCCAACUGCCGAACAGGCAGAACCGGGUUGCGAUCCAUUCAGGAACGUGUAUCUGCAGGCUGUCGCAUAUUUCGGAAACAACUCAAGCAGCCCAUAUGCUUCGAGCUGUCACUCAAGCAGCUCACAUGCUUCGAUAUGCCGUAACUGGGAGCUGGAGAGCGAGCAGGAAGCUGCCAUCUUCAAGGCAACCCAUGUGCCAGCAGACACCAGUGAACAAAGAGAAGGUACGCUCAUCAGCCUGGACGAUGAUGACAACUAUGUGGACCAGCGAAGACCGGACGAAUUGCUGCCCAAAAGCUCAGAAGAAGCUAGACGAGAGUAUCUGGAGAAAUUACGCAGAGACGAGGGCAUGCAGACCUACGACAUCGGCGACACCAGUCUGAACAGGGACAAAGUCGACAACACACAGCCUCUUGAUGUCGGCGACGCCAGUCUGAACAACGAAUAUGGAACCCGUAUCAUCCACGAAUCUCAGCCUAUCUCGGAACUGGCCGCACGCGCUCUUCCCAUGACAACUCCAACGCCAGCUGGGCGCUAUAAGAUGAAACGAUGCCCCAGGUUCGUCCCGAAUGAGGACUUUGUGGAUCGGCUCUAUGACAACGAGCAAGACCGCCAGGCUGCCAUGAAACUUCACAAAGAUUCUCAAGGCCACAUCUCGUCAACUUUCCAGUACGGUGUUCAGUACACACCCAACAUCCCAGCUGCAAUGAUUAUGUGGGAGCACCGACAACGUGACUACGAGUGCUCUUCCGUCGUCAUAUCUGGCCUACCGCGGAAGAUAGCGUAUCGGUACCUGAUGCCACUAGUCCGUGGCGGGAAGAUCCUGCAUAUCAUCAUCAUAGACACCACUGCUUUCGACACUGGGGAUACGGCAUUCGUUGUGUUCGCCGAGUGGAGGGACGCGCAUGCAUAUGUGGACUUUGCCAAGAAGAACCCUGCUUGUAUUAGGGUCCAAGGCAAGCAAGCACGUGUCAGUCUCGCCGGAACCCCGACACACCCGGGCCUUCUCAAGCGAGACCCUAUAUAUGGGCAGUCGCGUCUUCUUCAGCUCGGAUGGUUUCCCCGAGACCGUUGUCAUAUGAUCUUCGAGGGCGUCGAGGAAUGCUUUCUAUCUGUAGAGGACGCACUCGAGGACGCGUGGAUCGAUGGAUGUGAGGUCGUUUUCAUGCUUUUUAGCAGGGUCGAGUACGCGAAGCGAUUCCACAAAUUCAUCCACCGUCGUCCGCAAUUUGAAGACAAAAGAGGUAGCCUAGACUACCUCGAUGACCCAUGUGAAGGGUCUUUGGAUGACUUGCGCGCACCUGCUUCGCUGGCCAGAUUUGCCAGUGGUCAAGAAUAUCCGAGUUUGCUGGAAGAGUGGAUGGCGAUCAGGAAGCGAGGCGCAAAUAGAUUUGCGCCUCGACCCAUGGCAUCGGAUCUUCAGCCAGUCCACCCAGGGUAUCGAAUCACUCCGUUGGAAAUCAUUUCUUCACUGGCAACGGGUCAGACUAUUAUUUCCACUGAGCAGACUGUCCUUGUUCACAAUCAAGGUGUGCCAGCUGGCACCAACAACCACCCGGGGCGCGAUUCAUCUGAUCCCGACCACCAAAUCGACCGUGCCCCCCCUACGGGCCAGACUGAGACAAUGGAUAUCCUCGCCGCCGAUCCCGAGCCUGAGGAGUUCGAUGUUAAGCCACAGACUUGGAGCAUAGAUAUCUUCAUGUCAGAAGACGAGCUCCGGCAGGGCUUCUCUUCGUGUUCGUUGGAGCACUACAAGAGAAAGUACGGCUAUACCGAAUUCAAGGAAAGCCGCGAGGGCUGGGAGCGCGAUUGGCCGUACGUUGGCCAGAUCAGAGAUCGCAAGCCAAAUAUGACUGAGGACCGUUGGAUUUCGAAAUUGGUCUUGCCGCGAGACAAGGGGCCGAUCCAAGCUCUCUGCGAUAGAGAUGAUCACUCGCAUGUACUCAAAUCGGAGCUCGACAAGGUCAUCUGGGAAAAGCCGGUUCAGGCAAUCCCACUCAGCGAAGCAAAAGAACGCUACUGGCCCAUAUAUCAGGACAUGAAACGCAGCGAGGCGUACCGGAAGUCCAAAGACUUUGCUGACGACCAGUACCCUCCUGAUGGUAUGAAAUGGGAGGAUCUGCCCGAACUCGUCGAUGGCGAGAGCUGGCCGAAGCCCGAAGAUGGCCCGGACUGGCGCAAGGACUUCUUUGACCUCCUCGCCAAGUAUCAUCCCAGUUCAAGCGAGUAG